AGCUCUCGGGGACGAAGUGCGAGCGCGUGAAAGAGAGGACGCGUUUUGGGACGAGUCGGGAAACAAUCGGGUCAAAGCUCCGUCCAGCGUCGGCGCAAGUCCAAGUGCAUCACCGCCCACUCGCUGCUGUUGCUGCUGCUGCUGCUGCUUCUACAAACACAACUAGCUUGCAUCCACCACCUGUCGCCUCUGCUCUCACCCCCAUCUACGACCUCUUAUCCGACACAUCGCACAAGCAGCUCGUCUUGCUUCACACCUCUGCCAACUACGCACAUUCCACCGCCACACCACUCACUCUUCCCCACCAACUCUCGCAACCAUGUUCAUUGCUCGCUCCGAAUAUGAUCGCGGAAUCAACACCUUCUCGCCCGAAGGCCGUCUCUUCCAGGUAGAAUACUCGCUCGAAGCCAUCAAGCUCGGGUCGACCGCCAUCGGUGUUGCAACCUCCGAAGGCGUCAUCCUUGGUGUCGAGAAGCGCGUCACUUCAACACUGCUCGAAACCAGCUCGGUCGAGAAGAUUGUCGAGAUUGACAGACACAUCGGUGCCGCCAUGUCGGGUCUGCAGGCAGACGCCCGCAGCAUGAUCGAGCACGCCAGAAUCACUUCGCAAAGCCACGCCUUCAACUACGCCGAACCUCUGUCCGUCGAGAGCUGCACCCAAGCCAUCUGCGAUCUGGCUCUGAGAUUCGGCGAGGGUGCCGAGGGUGAGGAGAGCAUCAUGAGCAGACCCUUCGGUGUUGCCCUGCUCAUCGCUGGCUUUGACGAGAACGGCCCAUCACUGUACCACGCCGAGCCUUCGGGCACAUUCUAUCGCUACGACGCAAAGGCCAUUGGCUCUGGUUCAGAGGGUGCACAGGCCGAGCUACAAAACGAGUUCCACAAGUCAUUGACGUUGGCAGAGGCCGAGGUUCUGGUGCUCAAGACGCUCAAGCAGGUCAUGGAAGAGAAGCUGGACUCCAAGAACGUGCAGUUGGCCAGCGUCACCAAGGACAAGGGCUUCAGGAUAUACAGCGACGAAGAGAUGGCAUCUGUUGUAUCCAGACUCGAGACCAACUAGGGUCUACGUCAUGUCCAGGUCAAAGCCAUCUAGGUACUAGGCGCAUCGCAUCGGCGCAAAAGAGGCGUAAUGAUAAAUGCAUCCCAAAGAGAGACGUGUUUUUGGAAAUGGUGGCUUUUUUUUGAAGAAGUGGAUAAAAGGUCUAGAAAACAUGCAAUUUAUGCUGCAGCCCCAUGGCAAUAUAGUGUACACAGCAGCCAACUCCAGGAAACGUCAUGUUCGUGAUUAGGCGAGACGUCUAGAAGGGGUUGUCCUCGGGGGCGAUCUCACGGACGAAGUGGUCGCCGAGGAUGGGAAUCUUCU